CUGAAAAUUCGAUUAAAUCAAUGUUGGGAAAGUCGGCGCCUCAUUCUUCUUCCUCAACCUCGCUUCCUUGCGUCGACUGCAAAUUCCCAAUUUUCAUCUCUUCUUUCUCAUCCCAAAUCAUCGCCAAUUCUCAAUCCAAGUUCCAGUAAACAUUUUUCUGUAGAAGUAGGUGGUGCCAGUUGAAAAUAUAUUGAUAUUGAUGACAUUGAACAUUGGAGAAACCUGUUGAAGACCCUAAGAAAUGACAAAUUAUUAUGAUAUUGAUGACAUUCUGGCGGAGGAAGAGCUUGUCUCAGUUAUGUUCCAAAAGGCAGUUAAUGGAGUUGCCAUCGAUCCCAGUUCUGAAACAGAUUCUGUUGAAUCUGGAUCCAAAGUAGAGCUACCCUUCUGGCUUGCAAAAGAGCUGCAUCUUAGACAAGUGGCGGUUAUGGGCUUGCCUGCUUGUUUUAACCAAAGAACGCGACUUGAAAUUCAGGCUGAUGCUGCAUUUGUUGAUCUACGAUCUAGAAGUCAAUACUUCUAUGAAUUUGGAUGCAAAAUUGCACCAUUGGUUGGUGAUAGAACAAUCGGUUCUUGGCUUUUAUCCACGUUCAAAAGUAGGUACAAGGAAGUUUUGACCAAGGCUCACACUGCAGUGUUUGCUGCAAGUUCAAAAUACUUGACACUUCUAUCAAAGGAAGAAACUAAAAUGUAUGAGGCAGCCCAGUCCUCUAUGACAGCCUUUAAGAAAUGGCGAAUCGGUGGGCCUAGAUUUCAGAAAGCAUCCUUUCUUGGGAGGAAGAGGAAGUCUUCUGAGUAGGUACUAAGUCAAGCUUAAAUGUAUUCUAUUUUCAUCCUUUGGUUGCAUAAGCAUAGAAAACAGUGGAAAAGUAGUAAUUUAUUCAUAAUUUUUUUUAAAAAAUAUGUUUCAUUAUUCCCAUUUCAACUUCUCAUCU